AUGCUACUUAAAUAAUAAUAUGAAAUAUUAGCAUAAAAAUCAUAAUAGCUUUUAUUUUCCACGUUUUCGAAAAAAUAAGAUACUUUUUGGGGGCUGCCCUUUGUUAAUGCCAUCUUAAUGGAUACUCUCUUUCUAUUGAAAUUGAGUCGAGAACUUUUUAAUGGAUCUGCUAGAGCUUAAGGUGACCUCUCUUUAAUAAAGAAGGUUUUUAUUUAAGGUAUGGAAUUAUUCAUCUUUGAAAUACAUGAUGACUUCCUGAAAACUCACAACUAACUACUCAAUACCACGGUGUAGGCGGCAAUUAGUUUAAUAAUACACAUCGUACAGGUAAUUAAAUUUCUUGAAGCUUCUAAAUUUUAUUCUUCUUGUAGAGGGAGUCCCAAUUAUAAUAAUUCUAAAUAUUGUUUCAAUGAUUUAGCUACUAAUGGAUAAUGCUAUGAUAAUUGUAAAGUUAGUAUGAGAUCUUCUUGUUUUUAUGGAACCAUAACAAGAAACUCUUUUUUGAAGUGUAGGCGAGUAUUGCCGUGA